UUUGUGCAUGUGAUGAGUGUCAGAGGAGGGAGGCUGUUUCCUAAAAGACUUCGCCUUCCACGGGACAAGCAUCACUUGUGAGUUUGGCCGUGCUGGAGAACGCUCUUGCUUAACCUGGGGGUUUGGAAUUUCCGCUGCCUUCGCCGUUGUUUGCUGCUCACUGGACGAAGGUGACUAAACGCAUUGGGCUUUUUUUGACAUGGGGGCGGCGGAAUCUGCGCAGCGGGAUGGCAAGUCCGACGAGGAUGCGAUUGUCCAGGAGCAUAAUGAGGAGCUGAACGCAGAGGAAGGAGACCAAAACCUCCAAGUGAAGCUUUUCUGGAAGGAGAAGAAUUCGUACAUCUGCUGCACUGGAACCCAGUUGCUACAGAAGAAUGGACAGAUCUCCCGCAUAAAUGAAGAGGAAGAAGAGCAAAAUGAGGGUUUAAACGGCCAAUGCCAGGACAUCGGGGCAAAAGUUGGCUCAGACCUAAAAGAUGAUGGACUAAAAGAAGAAGAGACCGUUGAACCUGCAGUGAUCAGUGUGAAUGAAGAACAGGAAGGUGCACUUUCAGAGGAUGCUCCACAAUCAGAUGAAAACAAAGAAGAUGAGACAUUGGGAGAGGAUGGAGAAGAAGUGGGUUUUAAGAAAAUAAUUAAGUUCUUUGAAGUAAAAUUCACAUUGACAAAGGAUAAAGUGGACGAGGGCAAAUCAGCUCUUUUAACAAAAGAAGAAAGUGAUAAGGAAGGAUUAUUAAAAUCUGACGAGUCUAAAGACACUAGCCCCACCACCACACCAGAACAACAUGAGGUGAAGUCCGAGGAAGAAACUGUAUGCGUUCAUUUGACUCCUGAGUCCGCUGCGGUUGAACCGCCAUCCAAACCCUCUGAUGAAGCAGGUGACGAGGCAACAAAUGAAGAAGGUGCUCCAGAGAAACAGGAUGAAACGAGUAGUCCAGUAGAAGGGGAUGGUGAUGUUUCCCCAAUCAAGAAAUUUUUCAGCACUGGAAUCUUUGCGAAGAACAAAAAGAAAGAGGAACCAACACAGGAGGAAGCUGCAGGUAAAGAACUUCAGACAAUUGAGAAAGAAGGGACUGUGAAAUCUGUGGAGGAAGAAACAAAAGAAACUGCCACAGACAACAAGGAAGACGAUACACCGGCAGCAACGAGUAAGCCAGACACGAUAGCACCUCUAGAGAAACCCAAAGUUGAAGGUAGUCCUUUUAAGAGACUUAUCUCAAGGCUGUCUUCAAAAAGACUAAAAGUGCCAGAGCCAAUUGAAAUCCCUGCUGAAGGACUAGCUAAAACAGAAACACCAGAGGAGCCACCCGUGUCACCUCAAGAUGACAAAAGCAAAGACGAGUCGAAACACGAGUCUGAUGGUGAGAUCGGGGAGGUGGAAGGGGAGAAGAAAAGUCCAUGGAGUUCCUUCAGAAAACUUGUCACCCCUAAAAAACAACAAGCUAAGCCUCAAGCUGAGACUGAAGAAGAGGUGGUAGCAGAAAAAUCCACUGCUGAUGUGCCAGCCCCUGAAACACAAGAGGAUGUUAAAUCCAAAGACGCACCACAACACGUUGAAUCUUCUCAGGAGGAGCCGAAAAAGAAGUCAGAGUUGACGGUUUCCUGGGAGGCACUGAUAUGCGGGGGAUCUGCAAAAAAAAGGAGCAGAAAAAGUUCCAAUUCAGAAGAUGAGGUAACAGCUGAGAAGGACAGGCCCGAGGAUGAUCUGGGAAGUUCAUUGGAAGGAGAUGAUGAACAUGUGUCCUCCUCUCUAGAACACUCUGGCAGCGCUGCUGAAGGCGAUGGAGGAUCGACAUGGAAGUCUCUAAAGAAACUUGUAACACCAAAAAGGAAGUUAAAAGUUGAUUUAAGUGAGCUAAUUCCCUCUGAUGGUGAAUCCACAAAGGAAGAAACGUCAUUCUCAGUGAAGAAACUUAUUUCAGUACGAAAGAAGCGAAAAUCGGAUGGAAAAUCAGAACAUACCUCCUCUGAUGAGGCUGGUAAGGAUGCAGAGUCAGAGGAUGAAGAUGAUGAAACACCAUCAGUGGUGCCGUUGUCUGAAUUUGACAUCAUUGAACCCAGCAUGGUGCAUACAAUACCUAAAGGUGACGAACCAACAGACAUUACACAAGAACCCGAGAAGAAACCUCCAGUUGUGGCAACAGCCCAAAAGGAGUUUGAGGAUUUGACAGAAUACAUAACCAAGCAUCAACAACUCAGUGACAUUCCAGAAGAGAGCGUCGUCUCUCCAGCUGGCGAGGAGGCUUAUCAGGAUGACACAAUUGCAGAGGAUAUUGCGGAGUGGACCUCUGAGGCUGUCACAGCUGCUGAGCCGCCAACUGAAGUGUCAUUUGUGACAGCUGUCUCACAUCUAUCCGAGUCUCCAAGGUCCUCAGGCAAUUCCACACCUGUUGCCUUGGAUGGAGAUAUUAAGGAUACAGACCUUGUCCUGCAAGAAGCUGUGGAAACAGUUAGUAUAAUUUCAAGCAACUUGUCAGUAACUGAUAAUGAGAAGAUGGAGGAGGUGGCGGCCAUGUCUCUCACACCACAACUGUUAGGUUCAUUCAUCAGUGAAGAAACAAAAGUUCUAACUGCUCACAGGAAAUUUGAGGCCACAGACAUUUGCAUAGGAGCUACAACUGAAGAAAUUGACAUUGUUGAGGAACUGACCCCCACAACAAUGAUAGAGGCAGCCCCUGAGGUGAUUGAAGCAGUACCUACUGAAUGUGUGUCUGGCGAAGUCUUGGCUGAGGAACCUGCAGCAGCAGAUAUCACAGAAGAUGGCGUAUAUGAAGCUGAGGUGAAAGAAAUAAAAACUGAACUUAAGGAAGAUGACACCACAGAAGAAGAAGCAGGCGAAACAGAGGAAACAGAAGUAGAUGAAGAUAUCAACGUGGAAGAGGAAGUUGUUGAGGAAAUUUCCAAUGAGAUUCAACCUGACAGCCAACAAGGGCCAGAGCUUGUCAAUGGCCUUGAAGAACUUGAACCUAUCGAUGUUGCCAUUGCUAGUGCAGUGCCAGGAGAAGUAGAAGAGUUUUUGGAGGGGCAGGUUGUUGCAGAAGACACGCCCAGACCUGCAAUGGAAGGGCCCAUGGACCUAACUGAAGAAGAAAGUGUAGAGACAGAAGGAUUGGCUGAUGUGACUGUAGAAGAAGAGAAAGAACAAGAAACCCCAGAUGUUGAGGUAACAGAUGGCAUCCUUCCUAACACUGUUGCUGAAAUGGUUGAGAGUGAGGGAAAAGAAGUUGUCUCUUCAGUAUCAGAUGCUACAGCAGAUGACAGCUCACAUAUUCCAAUGACUGAAAUCCCAGAUACCAAGGAGACAGCAGAUGCUGUUCCUUCUGUGGUGGAAGACAAAUAUACUGAACAAGGUGAUGCAGAAAUACCUGAGGAUACAGAAUUACAGGAGCCAGAACAUGCAGUUGAAAAGGAGGAAACAACCUCGGAUGAAACUGAGAAAGAGCAAGGAGAAAGCACCCCCUCCCUUCCUGAAAUCAUUCAACAUGUGGAGGUUGAAGAUCUAUCCGCUAUUGGAGAUGAGUCCUCACCUCAUGAGGAUGUUGCAGUGCCACCUGAAACCUCAGACGAUGCCAUUGAAGAACAGCAAGCCACUCAGGAAGCCGAGGUCACAGACACUGACAUGACAAUGGGCACAGAAAGUGAUUCUGAGAUAGUGUCCGAAGUUGCAAGUUCAGAGGGCAUAGUAGAUGCAGAAGAAAACGCAGAAACUGAGGUACAGGGUGCAGCACAAGAAGAACCUUCUUCGGAAGACACUGAGGUAUUAAAAAGCACAUUACCUGAGGUGGAGGUCCAAGUUGAAACCGCAAUGGUUGAAAAACAAGCAGUGGAAGAGACAGUGGAAACAGAGGAACCUGCACCUUUAACGAUUGAAAGUGAAACAUCUUCAGAAUCUACUGCUGAGGUAGAGCUACUAACUGCUAUGGAGAUACAAACAUCAUCUUUAAUUGAGCCAGAGGUGGACACGCCAGUGGCCGUUCUGGAAACAGAGACAUCAGAGGUGACCACUCAGGAAAUAGAAGCACCUGUUAUAAUGGAACCAGACGUUGAGAUAGCAGCUGCAACAUCUCCAACAGAGGAUGCAGUGAUGGAAAGUGCACAACAGGGUCAAGUACCCACUCCCACACCUGAGCUAGUUGAAACAGCAGCAGUGACAGAGUUAGAGGCAGAGGUCCCAGUAACACCUGCCCCUGAAAGUGAAACACCUUUGGUGUCAGCCAUUGAGGUUGAAGCAACAGUGGUGUCACAGACAGAAUUAGCAAUACCUCCAGUGACAAAAAUGGAGAGUGAAUCACCAGUGGUAGCUGCAGCUGAAGUUGAUGCGCCAGUGGUUUCUGCAGUAGAAGUGGAGACAACUGUGAGUACAGAGUUGGAGGAAAGAGAAACAGCAGCUGUUGCAGACAUGGGAGUUGAAAGUUCCAUAGAGAGUGCGGUGGCCAUAGAAACAUCUCAGCAGGCCUCAUUGGACAAGGAGACAGAUAUUACUGAUACCACACAACAGGAAACAGCCCAAAUGACUUUAGCUGCCUGUGAGGUAAUCACAGAUGCCCCUCUUCCUGAGGUAACCACAGAGGUUGCUCACACACCUGAGAUGAGCGCAGACAUUGCUGCAGCACCUGUCACAGUCACAGAAAUUACAACUGUCCCUGUGGUAGCCCCUGAGGUAGUUAGCCAAGUUGCUCCAUCCCCUGUCGUAGUUGUAGCAGUGGCUCAAGCCCCUGUGGUUGUUGCAGGUGUUUCACCCGGAGCAGGAAUCAUUUCAGAAGUUACACCAGCCCCUAUAGUUAUAACAGAAGUGACUCCAGUGCCUGUAGCAGUCACAGACGUUACUCCUGCCCCAGUGGUACACACAGAACUCACACCUUCCUCUGUGGAAAGCAUACAAAUUGUAUCUGAUACAGUGGCAGCCACAGAGGCUGCCAAUGUAGUUAUCUCAGCAGUACUCCCUGAAGCAGUUGCUGCCACAGUUUCCUGUCCAGAGGUCAAUGCUAUCCCAGCUGUGGCCCCAGUAGUCUAUCAAAUCCCUGCCGUGUCUGCUCCUGCUACCUCAUCAGAAGUAGUGGCCCCACCACCCCCUGCAGUAAUCCCAGAGGUCACUGUUGCCCCUGUUGUUGCCCCAGAGAUAACGUCUAUCCCUGAGCAAUACGCUCCCCCAGUAGUGACGCCUGCUGUUGCCAUCAAUACUGAGGUGACACCUGCCCCUGCUGUUGUCUCCGCGAUAUCUUCUGCUCCUGCUGUAAUGUCACAGUUCAUUGCUACCUCUGUCGCACCACCAGAGGUCACUACUGCCCCAUCAGUUGUUCAUGCCCCUGUUGUAGCCUCGAAAAUGGCUGCUGCCCCUGUGGCAUCCCCAGUCGUUGCUCCUGCCCCUACCCCUGUAGUGACCCCAGCAUCUCCUGCGCCUGAAAUGACCCCAGUAGUUGUUUCUGCUCCUGUUGUGAUCCCAGCAGUUGUUCCUGUCCCUACCCCUGUACUGACCCCCGCAGCUCCUGCGCCUGAAAUGACCCCAGUAGUUGUUUCUGCUCCUGUUGUGAUCCCAGCAGUUGCUCCUGCCCCUACCCCUGUAGUGACCCCAGCAUCUCCUGCGCCUGAAAUGACCCCAGUAGUUGUUUCUGCUCCUGUUGUGAUCCCAGCAGUUGUUCCUGUCCCUACCCCUGUACUGACCCCCGCAGCUCCUGCGCCUGUAGUUACUCCAGUAGUCGUUUCUGAUCCCGUUUUAAUGCAAGAGGUUGCUGCUUCCCCUGCAGCAAUCACAGCUCCUGCUCCUGCUGUAGCAAACCCUGCAGUUGCCCCUGAACCUUCUGUUGUGCCAGCGGUUGCCACUGCUGUGGUUUCAGUAACCCAUGCCCCCGCCACAAUCCAAUACAAUGCCCCGGCUACAGUUACAGCAGUUGCCCCUGCCCCUGUUGCAGCUCCAACCUUCGCCCCCGCCCCUGCCCCUGUUGCGAGUCCGACAUAUGCCCCCACCCCUGCUCCAGCUGCAGUUCCAUCACAUGCCCCUACUCCUACUCCUGCCCCGGUUCCAUCAUAUGCCCCCACUCCUACUCACGCCCCUGUUCCGUCAUAUGCCCCUACGCCUAGCCCUGCACCUGUUCCCUCAUAUGCCCCCGCCCCCACCCAGGGUCCGGUUUAUUCAUAUGCUCUUACUACUGCUCCUGCUCCUGUUCCAGUUUCAUCAUAUGGCCCUACCCAUCCUGCAGUGUCCUCAUAUGGCCCAGUUCAUUCAUAUGCCCCUGCCCCUGUUCAUUCAUAUCCACAAACGUCUGCCCCUGCUCCAUCCUACGGUCCUGCCCCAUCCUACGGUCCUAGCCCUCCUCCAUCCUACGGUCCACAUUAUCCCCCUGCUCCGUCCUACGCUCCAUCAUAUGGACCUCUUCCUGCCCCUCCCCAUUCAUAUCCCCCUAACCCUGCUCCUCCUCAUUCCUAUGCCCAUACCCCUGCUCCACCUCAUUCAUAUGCCCCUACUCCAGUUCAUUCAUAUGCCCCUACCCCAUCAUAUGCCCAUGCUCCGGCUCCAUCAUAUCCCCCCACACCUACUCCAACAUACGCCCCUACUCCUGCUCCAACAUAUGCCCCUGCUCCGUCAUAUGCCCCUACGCCUGCUCCUACUCCGGCCCCUGCUCCGUCUUAUGCCCCUACACCUGCUCCUCCUCCUCCUCCUGCUCCUGCCCCUGUCGCAGCCCCUGCCCCAACUCCAGAAGCUCCUGCCCCAUCGGCUGUUCCUCCUGCCGCUACACAGGCGACUGCCGUAACUGCGCCAGAGCUUCUGGCAGCCUUAUUCUCUUCUCCAGAGAUGAAAACACUGCUCGCGGGAGCUUCAGUGAAACAAGCACCACCCGUGGCUGUGACAGAAGCAGCCCCUCUCGCCCCCACACAACAUACUGCUGUCGCAGUUCCUCCUUUACAGCCUGAGUGUGUGGCUCCGCCUAAAGUGGAGACAGCAGCCUCAAGCGUGCCAAACGUAAGGGCUAUGGCAAGUGUAGAAUCACACGCUGUAAGCCAACCUCAGUUAGAGCAAAGAGUAGUAGAAGCGAACAUCCCAGCUGUGGCAGCUCCAGUGAUGUUGGCUCCUACAAUCACUGCACCUGUGCCUCCGACACUUGCGCCUGUCCCUGUGGCAAUGCCACAAAGGCCAUCUGUCAUCGGCCUAAUCCCACAGCAAGUGACUUUUGCAAAACUAAAGACUAGUACACCAGACACAGAGGACGACGUGUGGGAGGAUGCCGUGGACGACAUUGUCCCUAAAGUAGCAACUGUUGCCACGCUGCCAGCCAUGACAGUUGAGUCUGUUAUUCCGUGGCCAGGAGAUGCCAGAGGACCAAUGCAACCCAGCCACUUCCAAGAUGCAACAUAAAAUGUUCGUCCCAUGAUGCAUCUGAGAGGGAGCCAAACCGGUUGGUUGCUGGAAAAAGUGAAUAUCCUGUUCUUCCACGGAACACCAGAUACGAGUUGCUGAAUUUCAGGAGGAAGAAGACAAUCUUCACAGCCCAACACAACCAAUGCAGCUUCGAUAAUAGUACUCUGAAAGCAACUACUGUGUAGGUUUGCCAUUUUGGUGUUGGCAGUGUGGUAAGCAUGUGGUCAUCGUCAACAGUGCACAUGACAACAACAAAGCAAUUCUACUGCUACCACAUUAAUUUAUGUUAUCGUUGGAUUUUUAAUCAAAAGCCAUUUUAUUCUACAGAGGAGAAUUAUACUUCAUCUUAACUCAGAAAUGCUUUAAUUAGGCAUUGGUUUAAUAUAUAUUUGCCUUAUAAUGAACUCUAGGCUAAAUUAAGUUUGUCAUUCAGCAGUUCAAGAGGGGAGUCUGUUUCUAACCAAAGUAUUUAACAAGCAUUCUGUAGCUUAAUUUGGUCUUUUAAGUCAUUUUUCAAGUACUGAAUGUAUUACUUUAGUUUAUUGUUUUUUAUUGUGUAAUGAAAUGUGAACAAUCAAAUUCUACAUUAAUUUUGCUGUUUCUGUUGCCUAAUUCAUAACAAAAACCAUUGGGCUACUGCUUUUUAAAUACAUAGAAAUUUGAAUGAGAUAAAAGCAACAUACGUAUGUAUCUGAAACAAUACACACAAGUGUAAAAAUGUAUUUGAUUUCACAUCCCUUUGAACAGUGUAAUAUUUCAGACACCUACACGUAGGACAGAGUGGACAGAAUGCGGUCACAGUAAGAGGAGCAGUAGUAUCUGUCUACUCCAAAAUCCUCUGUGUAUGCACUCCAAAGUGAUAGCAUUUGUGAAAAAUGAGAGGUACAUCUGGGUAAGUGUCUGAUCAAGGACUGAUUGUUUUUUUCCUUGACCAUUUUAUAAUGCAUCUAUUCUUUACCCAAAAAUGGUAUUUGUAAAAAUUGUAUACCUAAGCAUCUUGAUAUGGUACAUUAACAAAUAACUGAAUAUUACAUGAAAGAGCCAUACUUGUAACUUUUAAAAUUCCACACUGUUAAUAAA